AUGCGUCCAGAUACUUCUCGCGACCCUGUCGCCGGCCCAGACAGCGGCCCCGAGCCCCCAUUUCCCAUCCGACUGGCCGGCCCUGUCAUCAAGGGCUUUGGGCGGGGUAGCAAAGAGCUCGGAAUCCCAACCGCCAACAUCCCCGCAGAUGGUCUGGCCGAGUACCCCGACCUCCAGGUCGGCGUGUACUACGGCGUGGUGGCCCUGAACCCCGCGCAGAGCGAGGUGCCGUCGACGAGCGCGCAGAUUCUCCCGGCCGUGCUGAGCAUUGGGUACAACCCGUUCUACAAGAACACCACGAGAUCGAUAGAAAUCCACAUCAUGCCUCCCCUCACGGCGCCCUCGCCGACCGCGACCGGUACGCCCGGCCAUGUUACCUUCCACAAACUCCCCGACUUCUACGGCACGUCGCUGAAACUGCUGAUCCUGGGGUACAUCCGGCCGGAGUACGAUUACGUGUCGGCGGAGGCGCUGAUCGAGGACAUCCGGGUGGACUGCGAGGUUGCGCGCCGCAGUCUGCAGCGCGGCGCGUAUGUGCGGUAUCUGGGGGCUGGCGCGGACGAAAACGAGGAGAACGAGGAGGUGCAGGAACAGCGCCGGUGGCUGACGACAUUCUGA